AUGUUUAGUGGAAGUUGGUUAUCUGAUAAAUCCGAUUCAAAUUCUAAUAUAUAUUAUCAACAAAAUAAAAAGAGUCGUUUAGAUAAUUCAAUGAAAAGAGAAAAUUCAUCAUCAACUCAUACACAUGUUCAUCAUCAUCAUAUUCAUCAUCAUCUUGUACUUGAUGAUCAAACACCUUCAAAUUCAAAUUCAAAUUCAAAUUCAAAUUCAAUUUCAAAUAAUAAAAAACGUAAACAUUGUGAAACAAUUAAUAUAAAAACAACAAAUUCUUCAAAUGAUGGAGAUUAUCAAUUAGUACAAAAUGAAGUUUUAUAUUCAAUGACAAAUUCUUAUGAAGUUUUAGAAUAUUUAGGACGAGGAACAUUUGGACAAGUUGUUAAAUGUUGGAAAAAAGGUACAAAUGAAGUUGUUGCUAUAAAAAUAUUAAAAAAUCAUCCAUCAUAUGCACGUCAAGGACAAAUUGAAGUAUCGAUUUUAUCACGUCUUGGUCAAGAAAAUGCUGAUCAAUUUAAUUUAGUUCGAGCUUAUGAAGUAUUUCAACAUAAAAAUCAUACAUGUCUUGUUUUUGAAAUGCUUGAACAAAAUCUUUAUGAUUAUUUAAAACAACAAAAAUUUGCUCCAUUACCAUUAAAAUCAAUUCGACCUAUUAUACAACAAGUUUGUGUUGCAUUAUCAAAAUUAAAAGAAUUAGGUCUUAUUCAUGCUGAUACAAAACCAGAAAAUAUUAUGUUAUUAGAUCCACGUCGACAACCAUUUAAAGUUAAAUUAAUUGAUUUUGGUAGUGCAUCACCUGUUGAAAAAGCUAUUCAAUCAACUUAUCUUCAAUCACGUUAUUAUAGAGCUAUUGAAAUUCUUCUUGGUUUACCAUUUAAUGAAUCUAUUGAUAUGUGGUCACUUGGUUGUGUUAUGGCUGAAUUAUUUCUUGGUUGGCCACUUUAUCCUGGAUCAUCUGAAUAUGAUCAAAUUCGUUAUAUAUCUCAAACACAAGGUUUACCUAAUCAAAAUAUUCUUGAACAAGGACAAAAAACUUCAAGAUUUUUUCAUUUUGUUAAUUAUCAAUGGAAAUUAAAAACAGCUGAACAAUAUGAAAGAGAAACAGGAAUUAAAUCAAAAGAAGCGAGAAAAUUUAUUUUUAAAAAUAUUGAUGAUAUUCAACAUAUUCAUUUAAAACAAGAUUUACAAUCAAAUCAAUUACAAGCUGAAAAAUUAGAUAGACUUUUUUUUGUUGAUCUUUUAAAAAAAAUGAUUCACCUUGAUCAAACACUUCGAAUAACACCUAAUCAAGCACUUCAUCAUCCUUUUAUUACUAUGGAUCAUCUUGUAGAUUAUACUAAUUGCAAUAAUGUUAGACAAAGUGUUCAAAUGAUGGAAGUUUGUAAAAAACCAAAUAAUUUUAAUUUUAAUCAUUUUACAACUCAAAUUCGUCAACCAGCAAAUGAAAUCUUAGUAUCAUAUCCUCUUCCACCAGCAGCUUAUUUUAUUCCACCAUAUCAAGUUGGAACACCAUUAUUUGUUCCUGUUGCUCCAACUGAUCGACCAUUUUUAAUCAAUAAUCCAACAUGGAGUCAAUUAUUAAUUCCACCAUCAUUUGUUGGUUUAUUUAAUCGUCGUUUAACAACAAAUGAUUUUCCAUCAACAAAUUAUAUUCCACAACAAACAUUUCAAUUUAAUUUAAAUGAAAAUAAUCUCAAUAAUAAUCAUAAUAAUAAUAAUCAUCGUCAACGUCCUGUUUCUGUAAUAACAUUAUCUUCUGAUGAAGAUGAUGAACAACCACCACCAAGAGUUGCACCACCUCAUCCUCCAUCAUUAAAUUCAAAUAUUAAUUUAAAUUCGAACUCAAUUUCAAAUAAUCGGUCAAAUAUAAAACGUGAACGAAUAAGCAUCGAUCAUCGAACACAAGUAUCGAUUUUAAUUUAA